CUGUGCUGAGGCGUCGGGAGCCAGCACGGCGAAGACCAUGUUGCUUCCGAACAUCCUGCUCACCAGUACACCAGGGGUUGGAAAAACCACGCUAGGCAAAGAACUUGCAUCAAGAUCAGGACUGAAAUACGUUAAUGUGGGUGAUUUAGCUCGAGAAGGGCAGUUAUAUGAUGGCUAUGAUGAAGAGUAUGAUUGUCCCAUUUUAGAUGAAGACAGAGUAGUUGAUGAGUUAGAAAACCAAAUGAAUGAAGGUGGAGUUAUUGUUGAUUACCAUAGUUGUGAUUUCUUCCCUGAACGCUGGUUUCAUAUAGUAUUUGUGCUGAAAACAGAUAACAGUGUUUUGUACAAAAGACUUGAAACUAGGGGUUAUAAUCAGAAGAAACUAAAAGACAAUAUUCAGUGUGAAAUGUUUCAAGUUCUUUAUGAAGAAGCCUUGGGAUCCUACAAGGAAGAAAUAGUGCAUCAGCUGCCGAGCAAUAAACCAGAAGAUCUAGAGGAUAAUAUCAAUCAGAUAUUGAAAUGGAUAGAGCAGUGGGUCAAAGAUCAUAGCUCUUGACUUAACAAGAAUGCCACUUUACAAUCACUCUUGAUACCUCUCUGCUGACAUGAUAUAAAUUGUUCAAUUAUCAGUAUCAGUACAACUUCCUUAUUGAAAUUGUGCUGUUGGACUCAUAGGUGGAUAGUA